AUGAAUACAACAAUAGCAACUAAACAAGCAUAUUGUUGUGCAGACAUAUCGAACUAUACACAUUGGCAACUAUAUUCUACUACCGGAAUAACGAUGAACAUUGAUACGAAGAAUUGUAGUUUUAAUUCAACUCCAUACUAUUUUACUAGCGUAACUGGUGCUGGCUAUCAUUGGGUAUUAGCCGGUUACACUGCUAUUUAUUUUUCAACAAAUAUUUCAUUUACAAUUUAUGCUUAUCCAUUGGCUACUAUGACUAAUGCAGCCAUGCUUACUACUUCUCAAACAUCCAAAUGGAAUAUAAAUUGGUUUGGUAUUUCUUAUUAA